AUGGUUGCUUGGAUUAUGGCGUGUGUCACAACGGUAUCCUACUCGGUUAGCUUAAAUGGCGAGUUGCAUGGUUACUUUUCAGGGAAACGGGGUCUUCGUCAAGGAGAUCUAAUGUCCCCGUACCUAUUCACGUUGAUUAUGGAGGUGUUAUCUCUCAUGUUACAAAAGAUGGCGUUAAACCCUGCUUUCAAGUUCCAUAGUCACUGUUCUAAACAAAAGAUUAUCAACGUAUCAUUUGCUGAUGACUUAUUUGUUUUUGUUAAUGGAGAUACUGGAUCGGUUAAGCUUGUUCGGAAUGUUUUGGAGAAGUUCACUAGUGUUUCGGGCCUAGUCCCUAGCUUGCCCAAGAGUACGGUUUUUUUCUGCAAUGUUCCAAGCCAAGUAAAAGCUGAAAUCCUGAGCUUGUUGCCGUUUCGUGAGGGUGAACUUCCGGUUCGCUACCUCGGGGUUCCCUUAAUCUCUACUAAGUUAUCUUUUAGAGAUUGCCGGGUUCUGGUGGAACGUAUGGAGAGGAAGGUUGAUAAUUGGAUGUCUAAAUUGUUAUCGUUUGCAGGUCGAUUGGAGCUCCUUAACUCUGUUCUUGCAGCAAUGUAUACGUAUUGGGCCUCGGUUUUUAUUUUGCCAAUGCGUAUAGUCAAGGAUCUGGAAAAGAGAAUGCGAAGGUUUCUUUGGAACGGGGGGGGGGCUCCUGGGAGUAUUCGGUCUAAAGUCGCGUGGAAGGACGUUUGUUUGCCUAAGGAUGAGGGGGGGUCUUGGAAUCCGAAAUAUCUCAGAUGUGAACAAAGCACUUAUGAUGUCGCAUAUUUGGAGCAUUAUUACCAACCGGGAAUCCUUGUGGGUCAAAUGGAUCCAUUCUUACAAGAUAAAAGGCAGAAAUUUUUGGGAGAUUCAAAGUCGUGGGGUUUUGACUUGGAGUUGGCGAAAGAUUUUAUUUAUUCGUCCGUUGAGCUUGUAGACGCUAAUGGCAACUGGCGGUGGCCUCAGGCAUGGUAUGACUUAUUCCCAGUACUCAUAAAUGUCAUGGCUCCUUCUCUUGUUCCUGAUUCGGUUGACAGACUGGGAUGGAGAGAGGUGGGAGGGAAAAUUGUGCAUUUUAGCUCUUGGGAAGCUUGGAAUAAUCUUCGGGUAAGGGAUAACAAGGUGGCUUGGGUGAAUAUGGUGUGGUAUGGCCAGUGCAUUCCAAGACAUUCUUUUCAUCUUUGGUUAGUUCUAAAGAAUAAGCUGAAGACACAAGAUAGAUUGGCAGUUUGGGAAGCGGGGAGUGAAACAAAUCUACGUCUUAUGUGCUGUCCUCUUUGUAACUAUGGACGAGACUCAAGAGAUCAUUUAUUCUUUCAAUGCUCUUAUGCGGCCAAGAUUUGGAGCAUUGUCAAGGAAAAAGUUGAUAUGGUAAAUGUAAAGGAUUCAUGGAGCUCAAUCAUGGCAUGGAUAGAGCUGAAUGCGAGUUCAAAGACUCUGGAACACAUUGUGUGUAAGCUGGUGGUAGCGGCCUCUACAUACUUUAUAUGGCAAGAACGGAAUAACCGGCUGUUUUCCAACAUUCACAGGAAGGAAGAGAUGGUGGCACAGAUUAUUUUGGAUAUGGUGCGGCUUCGUAUAAUGAGUUUCAAGAUCGGACGUCACGGGAAUUAUAGGAAGCUUUUGGAAACCUGGGGAGUAAGAGAAGACGAACCGGGCUAA